UAACAGGAUAAAUUCUUAAACCCCAAUCACAUCCAGUACGUCUUCGUUCUGUUUAUUCUGAAGUUAUUAUACCUCCGUAAAAUUCUGCACGUUUAAUAGACGAUAGACCUUCUUCUCUGCAAAAUGGAUAACGUGGAAAGUGAUUUGUCGUUGGGUACACCGAUGGCGAACAGAAAUGGUAAUGUUGCAAGCUGGUGUGGUUGUUUCGAGUGCGAAGAGCGUUUUCCCACGCCUUGGCGAUUCUGCUGUCGAAGAAACGGAGAGAUUUCUUUCAUGAGAGGUGAGAUCCACUGCAUAACAUUGCACGAUUCGUUCCAGUGCGUUGUGACCAAUCUAGACACACUGAGCACCGCGAGGCACAUCGCCGUUACCACCACGGACUCGGAGAAAUACAAGUCGAUGAUUGAAAACAGGAACAACAGGGUCUGGAGGCACUUCGCUUACAAACAGUUUGUCAACUGGGUCAAUUCUUGGUCUCCAACCAAGAGAAUUGGAAUCGCUCUGCCGUCCUGUGUUGUCAAAAAGAUUCGAGAAGCUUUUCCAGACGAAAAUGGCUAUUACGAAGAGAUCGAAGUCACAACUAUUAGCGAAUUUGACUAUUUUGAUUGAUAAAUUCAUGACCUUUUAAAGAGCUUUUCUCAUAUAUGUUACUCCUUUGUUCUCAACCUUUCUAUAUCUUAUGGAGAAAUCUUUCCAUAUAUACAUAUAUAUAAAUUUAUAUAUAUGAACUUAUUAUACAUAUUCAUGUAUCGUGCAUUACGAUAUUGAUUUAUGAUUUUAAAAAAUGCAAAUAGAACAAAGGUUAUUUCUCUAAGCAACAUGUAAGAAAUAUGUUUAUUUAGAAAACAUUUUCUGAACAAUAUUUACCCAACUAAAUCAAUAAUCAAUAUUAUAU